UUUUUGUUCGUUUUUUUUUAAACUUAAAUAUGGCCAUCCACAAUCCUUUUCUUCUUUAAUGAGCAUUUUAAAUAUAUAUUUUUUUUGUUUAAUUUUGAUAAGGUAUUUGGUUGGUAAUUUUGUAGUUUUUGAAAUUUUUUUGAAAAAGAUUUUUAAAAAAAUGAAAAUAAAAAUCAACUAUCUAAUCAAAAUUAAUUUUCAAAAAAAUUUUUUGAGGGCGUUUCUUUAAAUUAUUAAAAAAAAUUUUUUUUAAUUUUUUGGAUAACAAAUUUAAUUUUUUAAAAGAAAGUGCCCUCUUGUUGUUUAAUUUUAUAUAAAUAUAUUUUUCGUUUUCUUCAAAUUUUCUGUUUUUUCUUCCUUCUCUCUAUCCUCAUCUCUACCAAUUUAUAUAUUUUUCUGGUUUCUUUUAUUAUCGAG